UCUGACAACUCUGGGACAGGGGACUGAGUUGGUAGGAUCAGUUUUAGUAUCUAGGGGCUGGCUAGCCCCCAAACACUCAUCUAGUGAGGAUCAAUACCCUAUUCUGCUCAGUGUGUGGAGAUCAUUUACCCAGAUUGGCGCUUCCAGAACAGAAAAGGACCCAAGGCCCUGUAUGAGCUGGUCCUGGGGCUGGAAUCCCCUGUGUCUACCAGAGCAUGACUACACUCCUGCCGCUGCUGCUGGGCCUCAGCCUGGGCUGCACAGGAGCAGGUGGCUUUGUGGCCCAUGUGGAAAGCACCUGUCUCUUGGAUGAUGACAGGAAUCCAAAGGACUUCACAUAUUGUAUCUCCUUCAACAAGGACCUCUUGGCCUGCUGGAAUCCAGAAGAGGGGAAAAUAGCCCCUUGUGAAUUUGGAACACUGUAUCCAUUGGCCCAACAAAUCUCACAAUACCUCAACCAAAAUGAUAACCUGCUGCAGCGCUUGCGCAACGGACUGCAGGAUUGUGCCACACACACCCAGCCCUUCUGGAAAUCACUGACCAACAGAACACGACCACCAUCUGUGCAAGUAGCCCAAGCCACUCCUUUUAACACAAGGGAGCCUGUGAUGCUGGCCUGCUAUGUGUGGGGUUUCUAUCCAGCUGAGGUGACCAUCACGUGGAUGAAGAAUGGGCAGCUUAUCAACCCUAACAACAGUGCUCAGAAGACUUCCCAGCCCAAUGGAGACUGGACGUACCAGACCGUUUCCCAUUUACCCCUAACCCCUUCUUAUGGGGACAUCUAUACUUGUGUGGUGGAGCAUUUUGGGAAUCCUGGGCCAAUCUUUCAGGACUGGACACCUGGGCUGUCCCCUGUACAGACGGUGAAGGUUUCUGUGUCUGCGGUGACUCUGGGCCUGGGCCUCAUCAUCUUCUCUCUUGGUUGCAUCAGCUGGCGGAAUUCUGCCUCCUCUAGCUACAUUCCCCUCCCUGGAUCCAAUUAUCCAGAAGGACGGCACAUUUCGUAGAGACAGAAUCCUACAACUUCCAUGCUGAGGAGAUUCAAACUCUUAAGGAUGCUACCAUACCCACUCCCCAACAUCUUAAAUUACCCUACAUUCUUUUGGAUCCUAAGAUUUUUUUCCAUCCAAUUCUUUGAAUUUCCCAAUCUCCCUAUGUAAACCUUGGCAACUUGGGGGAGCUUAUUGCUGGGAAUAUUCUGUAAUUAAAUUAUUGUCUAAGGCUAUAUUUCUGGGGUGAGUAUAAUCUGGGGGAGGGAGGGGAUUAAAGAUCCUCCUGAGGGACUCAUUGUGUCAAAGAGGUCACUGAGUUGCUGGUGUCAUCUCUGAGAAAUAAACUGAUGGAAAUAUA